UCAACAAAGUGAAAAGCAAGACAUAUUUAUUGAUAUUACGAUGCGAUCUGCGCAAUAUGUCGAGAAAAAGCUGAGAAGUUCAGGGGACUUUCACUUUACAAUGUCUAAGGAAGAACGAGGUAGUAGGGGAGCGAAUAAGGUCAGAAUGAGUUGCGACGCGGAUCUGGCACGUCAGGUAGCAGCAACCGCGCUUCUACUAUCAGAUUAAUUAAAAUUAUUUCGACUCACAUGCGCGUAAAUCUUCCUUCGAGAAAACGUCUCUUCGUAUCUCGCGACACUAAUCCAAAGUUUUAUUGCGAUCGAUCGAAUGCGCCCAAUUUCCAAUCAUCUACCAUGGCGAGUUCUGCUUCUUUGCUAACUGUGAUCGCUUUGAUUACGUUCACUGCUCUCUUCCUCCCUUUAAUCAACGGAAGUGCAGCUACGAUUCCAGAACCUAAAGCACCGAAUUUUCAAUAUUUCGAACGGCCGAAAUAUCGCUACCCGUAUUACGAUGAGAAUGGCAGGGGAAAGUUGCUGUACGGAUAUGGGGGGCCCGAAUUGUAUCAAUAUAAAGUUUAUAGUGCGCUCGAGGGAAUUCAUUGAUAAAAACAUGGCGACUCGUUUUCAAGUAUUACGUUUGAAAAUUGUAUAUAAAUAGUCGCAAGCAUGCGAUGCACACGAGAGAGAGUAUAAAAUCUGCAAGUAUAGAGUGUAAGUAGUUGAUGUUAACCUGCGUCUCACGAGAUGAAUCAUCUAAAAGAGAUCAAACUGUAAGUUACAAGAACUAUCGAUAUAUUAAUACAUAUCGCUAAAUGAAUAACUGCAAAUUUUGAUCGUCGACUAAACCUGUUGUAGUCAAUUCCGUCAAAUAUAUUUUAAAGUAACAUUAACGAUUAAUUAUCAUUAAUAAUAUUCACACGGCGCGGUGAUGCAAUUGCGUCGUUAACGACAGACAAUUUGUGCGAACAAAGAUACUUAAAAGUGUGCAGUUAUCUCAUCUAUGAUUUUCUUCGAUACGUGUAGGCCUAUAUAAUAACACAACACACGAGUAUCUUUUCGACGACAAUCGAAUUAUGUUGAUUUAAUUGCGAAUUACGUUACCCAAAACGACCAAUUUGUUUGAACGUGAUGCGCAUUGCCGUCGAAAGUAUACGUCGUUUCGCAAACAUAGAAUUAAGGAACAUUGUAAGAGCAUUUAUUUUUCGCCGAUUACAACUGUACUUGUUAAAUGCAAUCGCUUUGUAUGUCCGGCUUGAAUUAUGUUCGUCUCUCUUCUGUCUUUUUAUAUACUCGGUAAAAUGCUGCAUGAUUCGCUCUCUCCCGUCCCCUUUUUAUCUCCCUCCCUCCCUUUCUUCUCUCUUUUCUAACACGAAUUGACCGACAGUGAAUGAUAAACUCCGCCGUUGGCGGAAUAUUGACGCUUUUCUCGCUUUUCUCUCUUUCUCUCUCUCUCUCUCUUCCCGCUAAGUAGGUUUUACAUACAAACCGUCGCAGUAUCUUUAGAAAAAAGUAUUAGACAAGAAUGAUUACGAUGGUUCGGUGCAAACGUUGCUUCGGAUUGCAGUCUACGACUAUAUCAUAGAUACGGAAUAUAUCGUUAAAAGUCGUCGAUCUAUCAAACGUGCGUGGAAUGUGCAGUAGCGCCGCUAUCAUCUAUGACGGUGAUUCGUAGUUUUCUCAUCAUAGUGUGACACAGUGAACUCUAUUCUAAUUGAAAUGCUCGCAGCUAUCGCAGCUAUUCCCGAAUUCUUCUUCCAUCUUUUCAGUGAGUAUUUGUCACUACGAGGACAUUCUCUAAUAAUAUAAUUUUUUAAUUCGUCCUCUUCAAAUUUUAAGCUUGCUCAAUCUUUAUGAUCCAAAGGGAACGAGAAUUUUUACGACAUAAGGCCGUUAAUAUUGUUCACAAAUUAUGUGACGCCACUCAAAAGAAACAUUUGUCUGCAACUGUUUAUUUCUUCCGUUUCAAGCCUAUGUUAGCGUACAGCUUGUCGAGCGUGUGUAGUGUAAGUGCUCCUUCAACUGCGCCAUGUUACACUUGGUGAAAGAAUAACAAUAGAAAACCAGUGAACAAUUAGAUCAGCUAUGAACAGCUAAUGUAACUGGAAAUUUCGAUGGGAACUGUAUAAAGUUUGCACACAAUAUACUCGCAUAAAGUACUAUCUACACGACUUUUCUACAAGUUAAUUAUAUGUCACGGAGAACGUAUAUCUGGUUCACCGUGCACUAUUAGUAUACCUUAACGAAGGUGAUCGAUCGCGGUCCUUGUGCCAAUUAGAACAGAGUUCAAUGUAGGGACCAAUAGUGAAAUAUAGUCUAAAUAGCUACAGUCUACAUAACCUACCACAUCGUUUUGUCGGAACGAUAUAUUUUGUACGAUAUGCCGGAAAAUAGAGUCGGGCAAUUUGCAAACGGUAAAAAAGAAAAAAUCGCAGUCACUGCGAAUCAAUACGUACACAAGUGUCGCUAUUAUUACUCUCGUGUGAUAGAUGCGUAACACGUGAGAUUACGAAUGGUGCAAGCAUAGUCGAGUUUUAACGCGAAGUUAUGUUGAUUAACGAACGAACGACCGCGCCGCGAGCAAGCGGUAUCGAUGCCCGAUACUUAUUCGUUAUGAUUUUUGUCCGCCGUCUUGUUCUCGGCAGACUGUAACUGUCAUACAAAGUCCAUUUCGAAUUUGUUGUAAUAUUGGCCGUUGUUAACAUUGCGACGCUUCUGGAGCUGUCUCUCCAAAAAUUUCUUGAAUUCGCUGAUUACGAAGACACUCGACGUCAACGCCGCCAAGAAUAAGAGAUCUGAAAGCAGAUUGUCGUUCAAGACAAACAGAAGGGAGGGGAAAGGGACACAAAGAUUCGCUACACGAUAUCGAAUAUCGUUCGUAUGCGCCGUAUAAUUAGCGUAUAUAUCAUUACCUUUUGCCGUGAGAGCUUCGGUUUGAAAUAUUCUCUGCAACGGAGGAAAAUAGAUGACGAACAUUUGCCCGAUGACAGAUAGCGUCACUGCUAUCAGGAACAUUUUGUUGCUCCAUAGACCGAUUGUAAAUAUGGAUUUUGUCUAAAAUAAAUUGAGGAUCACUGUUUAA